AUGAAGGUGUGAUAUGAAAAAUUUUUUUGAAUUGAGAAAUUUUGAAUUCAUGAAACUUUAUUGAUUUAUAUAAUUUUUUUAUUCCAAAGUUACAGCUCUACAAUGCCGUAAGAACUGACGAUAUCCUCGCCGUUCAAAGUUUGCUGGAAGAUUCAGAAAUUGAUAAAGAACAGGUAUAGUUUUGAACAAACUUGAUAAAACUUUUGUGUAUAACAUUUUGGGUUUUUUUCUAUUUUCACUCAUUUUAGGCUCUAGAUUUCAUCCCAAAAACCCGAUUUCCACCUGAUGACUUGAGUUAUCUUCAUGUCGCUUCUUCCAGAGAUUCUCCACUAGUUUUGAAGGUUUUCCUGAAAAAUGUAGUCUGUUUUUGGCGACUUGAAAGACUUCUCUGUGCCCUCCUCGUCUCUCGGCGACUCUCUCAUAUUGCCGUGCUGUUUUCAUGUUCCUCUGACCUCGCCGGUGAGGGAACAGAGACGCAGACAACCGAAAACUUUCAAGUCGCGACGAACAGACUAAUAUUUAAAAGAAAACCCUUUUUCGCACAAAGAUUUUCAGUACUUCCUUGAAGCGUGUGAUUGUGAUCCGUGUGUCAAAGAAAAAGACGGGAAACCGCCGUAUUCUAUGGCCAGCAACAAGGAAAUCAAGGAUAUUUUCAUCCAGUUCCGAGUCGCCAACCCGAAUAAAUACAAUUGGUUGAGGUUGAUUUUUCAAAUAAAAACGAGGAAAUGUCAGUUUUUGCAGAAGUCACAUCCCUGAGCCGCAAAUCCUGUCGGCUGAAGAGGAAGCCAAGUUGGCCGAGAAAAAGAAGGCCAAAAAAGCCAAGCAGAAGGUAAAACUUCAAUAUCAAAAGUCAGAUUUUUUGGAAUUUUUCAAGAAAAAUUAUUUUAUUUUUUUGAGCGUCUAUGAAGUUUGAUGUACUUAUAUAAGUCAUCAUUUUAAAUGUUACGAAAAAAAUUGAUUCAAGUUUUAAAUGGAAAAUCUGAGGCAAAUAAUCUUAUUUGCCCCUGUAUGGUACGAUUACUUUUUACACUUUUUUUGAUCAUAAAAGAGAAUUUUUUUAAAGAAAAAAAUCUUGAAUUUUUUUGCAAAAAGCUUUGAAAAAUUUUUAAAGUUUUUUUGUGUAAGUUUUUCUUUAAUAUUUGAAUCAUGUUUCAUUAGCGAAUUUUAGAAAAAUAAUCUUUCUAGCCUAAAGUUCUCACUUUAAUGAACCUCUGAAAGUUUUUCCAUGAGGUUUUAUUUUGAGUUUUGUUUUUUGCAACAAAAUAAGCUUCGUUUGAGAGAAGAUUCAAAGAAAUUUGAAAGAAAAGUUCGAUAUUUCCCAAAAAACAACGAGCGUUCGUUAUGACUCAAUUUUGUGAAGGAAAAGCAACGAGCUGAGAAGGAAUUGGCGAAAAAAGAAGAAGAAGAACGACAGGAAAAAGCUCGUUGGCUGGCCAUGUCGGAGAGGGAUCGACGGGGGAUCCUCGUCGAAAGGAGAUUGGCCGGGCUUCCUUUAUUAACCCGGUGUGAUCAGGUAUCAAUGAACAAAACGUCUGAGAGGGUUGAAAAACUAGGUUUUUAUCCAGGAGGUUCAGAAAAACGCGUUAAAAGCUCUUUUCUGUUUCAAAAAACACAUCAAAUUGUUCUUUUUUCUCUUUAUACUGUUUUACUUUGAUCACCAAUCUUCUUCAUUGAAAAAAUUUUUUUUGAAAACGCAAGACGGAAAUGUGAAAAAGGGUCUAUGAAACGUUUCGAAGCAAAAAGAAUGUACGAAAUCCCCUUUUUUUAAAUAUUAGGAGAAAUCUGGGUAAGGGACUUUUUUUGAGCUUCAAGAAUUUAGUAAAAGAGAAUUAUUUAAAAAAAAUAAUAAAAAGGUUGAAAAAAAGGCAUCUAGUUUUUUUACGGAAAAUAAAUUGUCUCUUCGAAAAAAAUAAUGAUAGUUUUUCUUUCGAAUUUAUAUAAUUUCUCUGUCAAUUCUCAAAAUUUUUCAGUGCGCCACCGUGAUUCCCGAUAAGCCGUUCCAAUAUGAAACUUUCAAGUUUUGCUCCCCGCCUUGUGUAAAUCAACAUCGGGCCGCCGUCAAGUGA